AUGCUCAACAGGCAAAGAUCUAUGUUAAGAAUGGACUCUUUACAGAUCCCUUGUACAUCUACCAGGACAGUUUUUAAAGAUCCUGUCCAGUUUUUGAUCACUAGCGAGGUGACGUCAGAAUCAAAUACCCUUGAAACAACACCAAAAACUUCUCUGCCAUUUGUAAUUUCGUCAAGAUCAAGCUUGGCUGAGACCAGCAAAAAUCGCCUAAGGCUUAAAAAGCAACGUACUUGCAUCCCAAGAUUUAGCCUACUUAAUGAUGAUAUUUUUUUGACGCCACAAAAUUCAGACUCAAACACAGAUGAGCAUCGACUUUUUAGGUCAAAAACCCAAAACUUUAUUGGGCUUCAGCACCCAGCGAUAACAAGAACCAAAAAACCAUGCGUAGUUUCAUAUAGUUCUAAAUCCAGAAUUGGUGAAACCGGUGGGAUUUAUAAAAAAUUCAAUCAAGAUACAUGUAUCGCUAAACCAUUAUUUCACCAAGUAAAUGAAUUUUAUCUUUUCACAGUUUGCGAUGGGCAUGGCCCUUCGGGCCACGAGAUUUCUCUCCAAAUCAAAGAAAUCUUUCCUGGCUUGGUCGAAUCCAAACUAAGGCAUACCAAAUUUUCACUUAAUGACUUACUCCCCCCCCUUUAAAUUGAAACAAAAAAUUUUGUUUCAAUUUAAAGGGGGGUUAAGAAAAUGUUUUUAUAAAAAAAUUUAUAUAUAAAAAUUUUUUUCAGAGAUAAAAUUUUAUAGAAAAUAAAUUAUAUAAAUUUAAAGAGACAAUGGUAUUCUUCUAACUCUCCCCAUAACAAUUGGACAAAAUAGAGUUUAAUUUCUAAAUCUUAUAUGUUUGAAGCAUAUUAAAUAGGGUAUUAACGUAUUUACAUAUAAAAUAAUGAUUUUUUUACCUAUAAAAUUUUCUAUUAUAAUAAAAUUUUGUUUCAAUUUAAAGGGGGGGUAUUUCCCAAAAAAAGUAGGAAUUUUACCUAUAUUUUGUUUCAAUUUAAGGGGGGGGGGAGUUAGAAGAUUCAUUAAGCAAGUCUAUCAAAAAAUUGACUGACCAAAUUGCAGAAAGCAAACUUCCAACUGAAAAUUCAGGAAGCACCUUGAAUGUUGUAUUAGUUAACGGUGACAAAUUAGUUUGUGCUAACAUUGGAGAUUCCAGAGCUGUUUUAGGCAGCUUUAAUGGCCAGUGGACUUUCAAAGAUUUAUCUAGAGACCAUAAGCCUACAGAAGAAGAUGAAAAAAAUCGAAUUAUCAAGUCCAAUGGAAUCGUUGAUCAUGCACGAAGCUCAUUCGGAAAAGAUAUUGGCCCAUUAAGAGUCUGACAAACAAUAAAUAACCACGGCUUAGCGAUGUCUCGCUCGAUUGGUGACACAAUUGCCCAUGAGUUUGGAGUGAGCUCUGAGCCUGAGUUUUCGCAGCGCCAUUUAAGAGAAAAUGAUAAAUUCCUUAUUGCUGCUUAAAGAGUAAUAAAAAUAGAAGCUGACGGAAUAAGGACUCCGGGGUGCACUCCUAUGAAGUAGGUCGGACCCAUCUUGAUAAAACUGAAAACAGUGUCUCUGUCACUUUGGAGUCGGUCUUUAAGCUUUGUGAUGCUUUGCCGAAUAUGGAAGUUUUGUCUCUCUAAAGCUUUUCUAUCUUUUAUAGAUGGGCUAGACAAUUUUUUCUUCUCAUAGUUCCCUUGUCACAACCAUCGGAGCUUCUCCCAAAUAAUGGCAGGGUGAUUCAGGUCGGAAAUCCAAAAAGGUAGCCUUCACUUUCUUUAUUUGAGUUCUGGGGUCUAUGGAGUCUACCCUCCGUGGAGCUGAGGGUAGGCGAAGACUAGUAGAUUUACCGCUUAUGCAACAUAAUUUUAACGUAUUGUUGCUUCAGAUGGGAUUUGGGAUGUGAUUUCUAGUGAAGAAGCAGUAAAAUUGGUAGCGAAUGCGUUAGAAAAAAAUAAAAAAGACACAUGUUGUGACAGCCUAAUAAAUGAAGCAACAAGAAGGUGGAAGCAGGCUUACAAUAAGUCUGUCGAUGAUAUUACUGUUAUUGUAACUUUCUUUGGAGUACAGAAGCUUAGUUAA